CACCCAAGUAGUCACCCCAGACUCAAACUCCCCUUGCCAUCGAUUUUUCAUCAAUAAUUAUUUACUGUACCUAACACUUUCUUCCCCUUUAUUUUUCCCUUUUAUUUUAUUGAUUUCAAGAAGGUUUGGGUUUCUCUAUGAGAGAAAGCCAAAACCUUCUUACCAACCAUUUUUUCCCACUUCUCCAUUUUCGGAAUUUUUUGCUUUUUUUAUUAAUACACUUAAUUUUUAGAUUCUUCGCCAAAUUAUACAGGAAAUUGAUUAUGACAAUGAUGGAAUUGUUUCGUUAGAGGAGUGGAAACGUGGGGGAUUAAUCACAAUUCCUGUACUUGUUUUACUUGGAUUUGACACGGUUUAAUUUUAAAAUUAUUUUUGAGGCCAGAAAGGGGAAGGGAAGGAAUUUAAGGGUUAGUAAAGAAGGGAGAUGGCUGUUAAGCCUUUUAUUUGAUUAACUUUAUUAAAAUAAAAUUUUUGUAUAUUUAGCAACAUAUUGCAAUGUUUGUUUGAAUAUGUUAGUUGGUUGGGGAGGUAAACAAGGAUUAGCUUGUUCUCUUUGUAAAUACACUGUACACGAACGUUGUGUUCAUUCAGCAUCAAAUAAUUGUAUUCAUACAUACAAUUCUAAUGCUUCUUCUAUGAGAGAACAACCAAUUCAACAACAUUAUUGGAUGGAUUCUAAUUGUUAA